GCAAAGGCGGACAAGGAGCUGAAGGAGAUGGCCAAAAAGUUCAAGCUGGACGACCAGGCGGAGACCAAGCUCGCGGACAUAUUGGCUCGUUACGACGAGGCAAAGAGGAAGGCGUACAUCUUGGACAUCGAGAGGCACCUGGAGGUGUCGAACCGGCCGUCCGCGAUGGCCAUGAUGCUGCUGAAAAAGCUAGGCGACGCGCAG